GUUGCCGCUGCUCCCGAGUUUCAUUAAUGUCCGAAGCAUCAAAUAGUUGUAAAUCAUAUAAUAUGAUGUUUAAUAUUAAUAUAUAACAUCAUACUGUACUCAAUGGUAAUACUGUAUGUUUAAAUUCAUCUGUGGGAUAUGUUGAUAAUUAACUAAUUCGAUUUUUUAAUAGUCAUAAUAGACGAGAGGAUAUUAAUUAAUUUGAAAUGGAAUUAUUAACUUUUAGACGUCCUAUUGUUGUAUGUUUAUUAAAAAAUCGCAAACUUUUAAAGAAAUGUAUUUCACACAACCAACGAUAUAUUAGUCAUGUCACACAACGCCGAAUGUUGAAUAACCCAUUGUUUAGGUUACAUCACCCUCAAAUAUCGAGAAAUUUUGCAAUAUUACGUGUUUUAAACCAUGUUUUAAAACUUCGAUAUUUAGUAUUAGGUGGUGCAGUAAGUGGUGGAGUAACAGUCUCAAAGAAAUACCAAGAGUGGAAAGAUUCUCUACCUGAUAUAAGUUGGUUAGAAGAUAUACUACCUAGUAGUGAACAAGUUAAUACAUUACAAAACUCAUUGAAAUCAAUAUUAGAUGCUGUAAAGAACAUUGAAUAUGAUUCUGAAGAAUCUAACAAAUUGGAAAAAUUUAAAAGCUGGCUUGGGUAUCAUAUUGAUGAGGCAUUUAAAGCUGCUGAGGUAUCUAAUUCAGAUACCUCAUUUGAAAUGGAUGUUCAAUCUGAAUUUUUGUCUCCUGCUAUGGUUGAAGCUGCAACCUCAAAUACUUCUGAAACAUCUAGAAAAAUAGAUAUGUUACAACAAGAAAUUAUAGAAGUUCAACUAAGAUAUCAAAAAGAGUUGGAACGUCUUGAAAAAGAAAAUAAAAAUUUACGGAAGCAGAUUUUACUUAAAAAUAAUCAAAAGAUUAACAUGAGAAAAGUUAAAAAAUCAUUAAUUGAUAUGUACUCAGAACUAUUAGAUGAGUUAAAUGAUUAUGAUUCAAGCUAUCAAACACAAGAUCAUUUGCCUAGAGUUAUUGUAAUUGGAGAUCAAAGUUCUGGUAAAACAUCAGUAUUAGAGAUGAUAGCUCAAGCAAGAAUAUUUCCAAGAGGAGCUGGAGAAAUGAUGACUAGAGCACCAGUUAAAGUAACACUUAGUGAAGGUCCAUACCAUGUAGCUCAAUUCAAAGAUAGUGCAAGAGAAUUUGAUUUAACUAAAGAAUCUGAAUUAGCUGAAUUGAGAAAAGAAGUGGAAAUAAGAAUGAAGAAUAGUGUCAGUCGCGGAAAUUCUGUUAGUAGCGAAGUCAUUUCUAUGACUGUACGUGGUCCUGGACUACAACGAAUGGUUCUUGUUGAUUUGCCUGGGAUCAUAAGUAGUGUUACUCAAGGUAUGGCACCUGAUACUCGAGAAUGUAUUCGUCAAAUGUCUAUGUCAUAUAUGUCCAACCCCAAUGCCAUCAUACUUUGUGUUCAAGAUGGAUCUGUUGAUGCUGAGAGAAGUAAUGUUACUGAUUUAGUUUCACAAAUAGAUCAGCUAGGACGUCGUACAAUUUUAGUUUUAACCAAAGUUGAUAUGGCUGAAAAAAAUAUGGCUAAUGCAGAUAGAAUAAAUAAAAUUCUUAGUGGCAGUUUGUUUCCAAUGAAAGCUCUUGGUUAUUUUGCUGUUGUUACUGGUAGAGGUAAUCAAGAAGAUAGCAUUGAAAAUAUAAAAGAAUACGAAGAAAAGUUUUUUAGGAACUCAAAGCUAUUUAGAGAGUCUGUUGGGAUAUCGUCACAACUUACAACUAAAAACUUAAGCAUGGCUGUUGCUGAUUGUUUUUGGAAAAUGGUACGUGAAACAGUUGAACAACAAGCUGAUUCAUUUAAAGCUACAAGAUACAAUUUAGAAACAGAAUGGAAAAAUAAUUUUCCUAGAUACUUAGAGCUGAAUAGAGAUGAAUUAUUUGAAAAAGCACGUGGUGAGAUUAUAAAUGAAGUUGUUGAUUUAAGUCUUAUAUCAGUCAAAGAUUGGGAAAGAGAAUUAAGCGAUGCUCUGUGGAAUGGCAUAUCUCAUUAUAUUAUAGAAAAUGUAUAUUUGCAAGCAAUGUAUGAAGCUAACAAAACAAAUAAUCAAGCAAGUUUUAAUACUGUAGUUGAUAUCAAGCUAAAACAGUGGGCUGAAGAAAUGUUUCCCCGGAAAUCAGUAAAUAUUGCUUGGACUGUUUUGAAACAAAUGUUUAGAGUGAUUUUUGAAAAUCAAAAAGUUCAAGCUGCUGAUGAAAUUUUAGAUAAAUUAAAAAUGGCUGUGAUUGAUGAUGCAUUAUCAAGACACGCGUGGGAAGAUAAGGCAUUGGAGAGUUUACGGGUUAUGCAGCUAAGUAUGAUCGAAGAUAGAGGAAUAAAAAAUAAACAUGACUGGGAAGAAGCUUCUAAGUUUAUGAUUUCUACUUUAGAAAAUAAUUUGAAAUCAACUGAAGAAUCUCUUAAAGAAAUGGUUGGACCAUCCACUUAUGAAAAAUGGGUGUAUUGGCAAAAUUCUAAUAAUGAACAAACAAAAAAAAAUUAUAUAAAAAGUGAAGUAGAAAUUUUAUUAAAUUCCAAUAAAAAUCAUAGUAAUUUGUUAAGUAAAGAUGAACAAAUUACCAUUGUUAACAAUUUAAAACAAAAAUUAAAAGUUCCAUGUAGUUUGGAUGAUAUAUGGGAGACGUGGCAUUUGGUCUACAGACGACAUUCUUUUAAAAUGGCUCUACAAAAUGCCAAAGAAAAAUCUAAACAAUUUUAUAUUUAUCAACAAUUAACAUUAAAACAUGAUCAAGCUCAUGUUGAAUAUUGUGAACUUGAAAUGUUUGCUCGAGUAUUACGAACCAUAAAAGUAACUGCUAGUUUGUUACGGCAACAAAUCACCAAUAGAGAAGUUAGACGUUUGCAUCAUGAAAUAAAAGAUGUUUUGGAUGAUUAUAGUCAAAAUUCAGAUAUUAAGUGUAAACUCCUGACUGGCCGUCGUGUAACUCUAGUCGAAGAAUUAAAUAAAGUUAGGGCAAUUCAAGAAAAAUUAGAAGAAUUUAUUCAUGCAUUAAAUAAAGAAAAAUAAAUAUCCCUUCAUUUUAUAGCUUUGUUUCCAUUAUGUUUAAAUAUAUGUGUUACAUUA